UUUAGUAUCUGAGCUUUUCACCAUUAGACCAGAAUCUCUCCAAAGAGGAUGUGUAGAUGUUUGGUUCCAAGUGAACAAUGCUGCUUUUGAGAUCAUCAUCUGAUAAUUGGAUUGAUUUUUUUUUAGAAAUGAUGUCAAGGAGGAAGAAGUCUAGGGCAACUAUGAAAUGACUUGCAAAACAAAAUAAAAUAAAGGGUACCCAAGAGAUUUCCCACCCAUUUAAAGUUUGAGGUUUAUAUACACGAGGCCCCAUACAAAAUGUCAAGGAAACCGAGUACCUCACCGAUGGCCGAUGACCAACCUCGCGGGUCAGGCUUCCCUGUCAAAUCUCUCUUGCUUGGAAGCUCUCUGAUACUUAUCCUCUUACGUGUCAAUUUGGAGACCAGGACAGCUCCUCAAUUCUACUGGUAUAGUUAUUCAAGCAGGAUAUAUAAGAAAGCUCCUCUUAUAAUUUCUGCAACUCCCAACUAUUGUAACUGCAGCUUCAUGGCUCAACAGAUCGAGGCAUCCUCCUAUUCCUUUUCAUCUGGAUCUUCCAAUUUCGAUGUGUUUCUUAACUUCAGGGGUGAAGACCUUCGCAAAAACUUCAUCAGCUUCCUUCACAAAGCUCUGAAAAACAGAGGAAUCAAUGACUUUAUUGAUAGUGAAAAUUUGUGCAUCGGAGAAGCCAUAGGCCCAGACCUCCUUAAAGCGAUUAAAGGGUCCAAAAUCUCAAUCCCUGUCUUCUCCAAAGGUUAUGCCUCUAGCAAAUGGUGCCUGCUGGAACUUUCUCAUAUACUUGAUUGCCACAAAUCCAAACGUCAAGUGGUCCUGCCCAUAUUCUUCGAUGUCGAGCCGUCCCAUGUUCGAAAUCAAUCUGGAAGUUUUGAGGGACCAUUUCGAGAACAUGAGAAGAAUUUUGAAUCCAAGACUGUAGAGAGUUGGAGGGAAGCUUUGAGAGUGGUAGGAAAUCUAAAGGGAUGGGUUCUCCAUGAAGAUGUAAAUGGGGAUCAAGCCGAGCUAGUUGAAUUAGUUGUCAAAAGGGUUUCAGGUGAAUUGAUUAAUAGCACACACUUGGCUGAAUGUAAUUACCCAGUUGGAAUAGAUUCCCAUAUAAAUGGUCUAUUAUCUUUGUUAAAUAUUGGUUCAGAUGAUGUUCAUUUUGUGGGAAUCUGUGGUUUCGGUGGCAUAGGGAAGACAACUAUAGCAAAAGAAGUCUACAAUCGACUUCUUUUAAGCUACAACAGGCAUAGUUUUCUUUUUGAUGUUAGAGAACAAGCAACACAAUGGAUGGGUCUAGUGUCUUUGCAGAAACGGAUUCUUAAAGAUAUCUUCAAAACAGACAUUGACAUAGGUGAUUAUCAUACAGGGAAAAGAUUGAUCAAGCAAUAUCUUUGUAAAGAAAAAGUUCUUGUUGUUCUUGAUGAUGUGGACAGUCAAGAACAGGUAGAUGCUUUGGCUGGUGCACUCAGUUGGUUUGGCCAAGGAAGUAGGGUCAUAAUAACAACCAGAGAUGAACAUAUUCUGAAUCUGGCUAAAGUCGAUAAAGAUAGAAUAUACAGGCCUCAAGAGCUAGAUUGUAAACAAUCUCUUCAACUAUUUAGUUUGCAUGCCUUUUCAACAGACCAACCUCAUGAAGAUUAUAUGCAAAUUUCACAUGAUGUGGUACGCUAUUCGGGAGGAUUGCCUUUAACUCUAGAGGUGGUGGGGUCUUACUUAUUAGACAUAAGAAGCAAAGAAGAGUGGGAAAGUACAUUACAAAAAUUGAAAGAAAUUCCUCUUGAAAAAAUUAAAAGAAGGUUGAAGAUAAGCUAUGAUAAUCUAGACGAUUAUCAAAAAGCCAUAUUUCUUGAUGCUGCAUGCUUUUUCAUUGGAUGGCCAAAAGAAACUGUAUUUUCCAUAUGGGAAGCUUGUGGUUAUCAUCCAAAAUCGUCAGUACAUAGAAUAAUUAAAAGAUCCCUUCUAAAAUUUGGAGAUUAUGGUGAAUGCCCCUUGAAGAUGCAUGAUCAAAUUCGGGACAUGGGAAGGAAUAUUGUCAGAGAAGAAAGUCCUACUGAACCGGGCAAGCGCAGUAGGUUAUGGUUUUAUGGUGAUAUCUUGGAUGUGUUUGAUGAAAACAAGGGAACUGACAUGAUAAAAGGCAUGAUCCUUCCUUAUGACUUGCCAAGUGUUUAUUUAGCCAAUGAAUACUUCAAGAUGAUUCCCAAUCUAAGAUUUCUUGAAAUUAAGUCAGAAAAGUUCAUUGGAGACUUUUCGGAGCUUCCUUCUGCACUAAGAUGGUUCAGGUGGGACGACUGUCCUUGGGAUAUUCUACCAACCAAUUUUUAUCAUAAGAGACUUGUUCAUCUUGACCUAUCAUGGAACAUCAUGAUUGAACAAGCUUGGCAUAUUGGGCCUCAAGAUAAAAAUAAGCGGUUCCAAAAUUUGAAAGUUCUCGAUCUUAGCCAUUGUAGAUAUCUUUCUAAGUCCCCAGACUUUUCAUGGUUUCCUUUCUUGGAGCGAUUAGAUUUUGGAUAUUGCAAGUCCUUGGUUAAGUUAGACAAGUCCAUUGGGAAGUUGAGUCAGCUCAAAAGUCUUAUUGUCAAAUUCUGUUAUUUACUCAAGAUGUUGCCCGAUGAUGUUGGACUAUUAGAGAAGCUUGAGGUGUUAGAUGCUAAGAAUUGCAGGGAACUUGAGAAGCUACCAAGAUCAAUGGGGAGAAUGAGGUGUUUGCGUAGCAUUAACCUCACAGGAACCAGAAUUAACAGUAUUUCAAAAUUACCUGGUGAUUUUUCAAUGCUCAGGAAUUUAGUGCAGUUGGAGAUGUCUUAUUGGGAUUGGGAGCGACCUCCGCUAAGACGCAGUCCUAGAAUCUGGAAUCUUUUAUUGGAGAAUGGGGAACCUGACCAGCAAAAGCCUAGUCAACAUUCGAGUGACAUGGUGGUAGCAAAUUCUUCAAUUGGUUAUAUGUGGACAACAGAGCAGAACACAAAAAAAAGAAGAUGUAUAAAUGCUGAAGAACAACACAGAAAAAGAUCAGAGACAGAAUCUAGCUUUUUCUCUAUCUUCUCCUUCACUCCUCUUCCUCUCCUUGCAUCUUCUCCGAUGGAGCCAAACAAAUGCAUUUCUCUAGCUCCUCCUUCACCUUUGUUCUCUUUGUCAUCACAAGCAGAGUUUGAAAGAUCAAAUUCUGCUCAUAUAGAGAGGAAGAGUGAGUGCUGAUGCUUAAGAUAAAUAUACGGAAGCCAGAAACUCCUUCCAGAUAUGAGUUUGUAUGUUGCAGAGAUAAAAUAGAAGGGGAAAACCAAAUGAUGUUCAUAUUGGGGGUGCGAUGUCUUGUAUUCUAUUGCUUGCAUAAGUGUGCUGAUUUGCAUUUUGGUAAAUUACCUGUAUAGAAAUUUACUAUAUAUUUAUAGCGAGGGUUAUUUCUCUAUGAUUAAUCUGAUAGGGGUGUGAGUACUGUGUAUUCUCCAUUGAUAGUGAAACAGACAUCAUCUCACCGUGGAUGUAGGCAGUCUUGCCAAACCA